UAUUUUGUAAUAGUUUUUUGUAGCUUGAGGUGGUUUUUGACUUUUUUCAGAACAAGUUAAUGCACAUACUGAGAGAUGGAAACACCUUUUGUGAAUAAGUUCUGACUUGGCUAACAUUUAACUCACUUGACUGAUGAGCUGUUUCUGCUUCUUUUGUUGUCUUAAUCUCCGGAAGGCAUGAAACAUGACUAAUACUAGCUGAGGAUCAAGAAUAAUUCUAAUUUUUUUGACUGAAAACAAUUUCUGAAGACAUCUCUUCAUUUUCUCUUGCAGAUUAACAAAGUUUUGUUUCUUCUUCAACUUUGAAGAUAGAUAGACGACGACACGAUGUGGCCUAGUUUAUUCAUUUGUUUUGUUUCAAAUUUGCUUGGCAUCUAUGUGAAACAAAGCUAUAUCAACUAAUGUUACAAUAGUUGUGGCGGUAAUAGUGACAUGAGUGAAUAGCUUCUUAGCCUAGCUACUGAGCUUAGCAGGUACUAUAAUGGUCUUCUGGACUUAAAAGCGGACAUCUUUGAGGAGGGCAACCCAGAUUAUCACGGUUUUUCUAGUCCAGGAGCAUGUCAAACUACAGUGGCUGGAAGUCUGCCCACAGCUAACAACCUGGUUUAUUGAAGCAGUGCGGAGAUGCUGUGAAGUGAGAAGAAAGUCAGAUCAGUCCACAUAAAAAUGCCCAAAACAGUAAACAGUUCCACUGCACAUUCUUACCCAUGUUUUGCUUUUUCCUCUGAAAUCCUACUGCCUGGAUUGAUUGAUUUUCAUGCUACAGAUGAAUGUAAAUCAAUACUGUGACCGAGGAGUGAAAGUGGUUUCACUGAAAAUAGCCUGGAGCCAGUCACAAUUUCAAAAUCAGUUCAGCCUGAGGUCAAUGUGUCUAAAAUUAAACCCAAUUAGUUUAGCCUUGUGUUGCGUAUUUCUCUGUACUUCCCAUCACUUCUCUGUUCUUGGUUGUCUCUCAUCUGUUAUGUUGCAUUCUUUCCUUUUUAUCCCCUUCCCACUAUUCCUGCUUUUCACUCUACGUUUGGUUGCUGGUGCACUAAUAAAACCACAGGGGCAAGAAAAAUAUAAAUAAUGCUAUAAUGUGUGAAGUAAAAUUUAGUAAGGCUAGAAGCAGAGCACUAAUUUAUGACUGUAUUCAGCAUAAACAGUUUCUAGCGAGCGCUGACUGUGUUCAAAAACACCAACUAAGCUGGCUCGCUUGACCUUUUUGCUUUGCGUGUAAAGCUCACAUUAUCACCCACCCCCAAAGAUGAAAUUUGGACAGGGAUGUUAAGUUUGAGUGAGAUCCUGCUUGAAAGGGACAGAUGGAUGAAGGAAUGAACAAACGUUUGUUCAUUUGUUCGUCCAUCUGUCCCUCACACACAUAUUAUCAUGGACACAGUUGAUCAGAUUAUGACAGAAGUGGGAGUAAUGAUGCAUCCCACCACCACAUUCUGGCAUUUUUUAGAUUACAUUGACAAUGUCACAAUUAAUGGUUAAAGAGCAUAUCUGUGGAGCUGCUGAGAAACAGACACAGUUUUCAUUAAAAUGAGUAUUGUGCUUUGCUAAACUUGCAACUGUUUCCUAAAAGUAGGACCAGAAAAACCACCAGAAACCACGUGGGCAGUGUUUAACUAGACUGCUAUGCACCAUAAAACAUCAAAUUUGAGACUUUGAGUCUUUGUAUAACCUUUAAUUUCUGCAUUUUUAGACACUUUACACACAAUUUAUUUCAUUUUUGCCUGUAGUUAUGGAGUCUGAAAAUGAUUCUGGAACCACUGGAUUUAGAUUACUUAUCUAACGUACAUAUUUCACCCUCUUUACACAAUGUCACACCUGUUUUAAUAUCUGCUAAUGCUAAUGGAACCACAUACUGCAGCUGCUCUUUACUUGAAGCAUUCACUGGUGACACCUGUGUUUUACUGUGGAGAGGGUACACAGACAUUUCCGCUCAUUUGCUUUCUUUUAGAGACUGAGAUUAUCAUACACCUGCACAUUAUGUAGCUACAGAGCUGAUUCACCUAGCUUGGCAAAAACACUGGAAGAUUUGGGAGCUGGCUAACCAGCUAGCCUGUUCAAAGAUGAAUAAUAAACCAACAAACACCCUCCAGCUGGGCGAUCAGAGGACAUUUUUAAUAUUUCCAUAUCGGUAUUUAAUCAUGCUGAGGUAAAGUGGUCUCGUUUUACACAGUCACAGUUUUAAUCAUGUAAGGUAACAAAUCCAGGAAUAUCACAUUUACCUUCCCAAACAGUGUGUAAUAUUGAGCAACUGGGUUACUAUUAUUUGUCUUGUGUCUGAGAAUAUGAAUUACCAGAGUUUGACACAUCCUGAUUAUGAUCAAAACUGGGAUCAGUCUAAUAACUGGAAUGGUGAGUAACUGAGUAAGAAAUUGCACAAUUGAUGCCAGUCAAGAAUUUUAUUCAGAGAAGACUCCUAGCUCCCAGUGUGUUUAAAGAGCUUUUAAUUUAAUCUGUCUUCAAAGUGUUGUGGUUUUCUUCAGGAUGCACCGGUGGGGCAAAGGAGAAAAGCUGAAUCGAUUCACGAGGUCACCCUCUGCUCAAAUAUAUUGUUGUAUUCCUGUUUAUGUGUCUGGUGUUGAAAGAUCGAGGCAAAUGUUUGUUUUUUUGCUCAUAUCCUGAUGUAAAAUCGAUUAUUCAGAGAGCCUUUUCCAAAUGUCACUGUGUAUAUAUCCGAGUCAUCUCCUUAACAGUGAGUAAGUGGCUUGUUUACUUGUGGGGAUAAGAGGUUUGUUUACUUGCACAGUUCCACUCUGGACAACUGCCUGCUCUUUACCGAAGACCGCACUUUUUUUUUUUUUUUUAUGUCUCCUUUCCACAACUAGUUUUUAGUGUGUUGUUUAUGCCCCUGGGAACAAAUAAGCCUCCUUCCUCUGUCUGUGCGAUGCGUCUGUCUGUGCCAGUCGAGGUGAGCUGUCGUGAUGCAGGAGACCUGCUGAUGUCACUCUGAGUGUUUGUUGCUUAAGUCUCCUGAGAGACAGACCAUCUCGAAUGAAUCAUCAGGCUUGACAGUCACUGGAAGGGCCUGGUGAGCUCCGAAUUGCAAGUGAAUCAGAGGUAACUAUUAUAGACAUGAAUAAAACAUAGGAGGAGGUAGCUGAUUAUUUAAAUGAGCUUUCAAAAUCAUCAUUACUCUGCGUGCCUCUCUAAAUUCCUGAUUUUGCCUACCUUGUGCUCACAGUUGUUGGCAGUUCUUCACCUCUAAAUAUCCUUUUCCUCAUUACUCCUUUGCUUUUUCAUCAUCUCUGUCCUGUCUCAUCUCAUUUGUAAUUUUUCACACUGUUCCUUGGCCUUUCCAAUCUCAACCUGUUUCAGAAUCUUCGUGCUCCAUCUCCUCUUUCGUUCCUCUAUUUGUUCAGCUGUCCUUCUCGUGACUUUUGCCACAGUGAUAUCUUGUUCUGUCAGAUUUGCUGCAGCCAUGCCCGCCAUCGUCAACCUCCUCUUCAACGUGGUCUCCACCAACACCACCAUCUCCUUCACCGUGGUGCUGCCGAUGGUCAGCCUGGUCUCUCUCCUGGUGGGGGUCGGAGGUCACCUCCUGCUGUGGCUGGUGCUGGUGAGGAACCCCCGCAGUCGCUCCAAGCCGAGCUCCGUCCUCCUCCUCAACCUCAGCCUGGCCGACCUGGGCGCCCUGCUCACGCUGCCAUGUGUGCUUCUGAGCGCUAGUUUCCAGAACUGGCAGCUCGGCGGUGCGACCUGCGUCCUCCUGGGAUUCAUGACUUCAGUGACGGUGGGAGUGGAGAUCUUCAGCCUGGCGGCGCUGUCGGUGUUGAGGUAUCGCAUCGUUGCACCACGGACAAGGCCACCUACUACUCUGACACAAGUGUUAUAUGUUGUUGUAGCCAUUUGGCUGGUCUCAUUAACCAUGGCGUUACCAAAGGUCACCUACGUCCACUUUGAUGGCGGUUGCACAUGGUCAGUCGGCCAAGAUGAGUGGUUGUUCUUCCUGGUUCCUGCCUUCCUUGUUUACUACGUGGCCCCUCUCCUCUGCAUCGCCAUCAACUGUGGCCUGAUCAUCUCCCACCUCCACCGCUGCAGGGGAACACUGGCUGCGGACAGACGCAACAAGAAAGCUACCGCCCUGCUCAUUGGUUCAACACUGGUUUUUGCAGUUAGCUGGUUGCCGUACUAUGCGGUCGAGUUUGUCAAUGUCAUGUCUCCUUAUAUUAGCUCAGCAGCUUCUCCCAUUAACAGAUUUGGAGGUAAGCUGCCUUCUACUUCCUCUCCAUUGUAUUCGUCAGCCACCACGCCGGAGUCAAGCAAGCAAACACCAACGAGUGUGUCCCUGCUGUGGGAAGUGGCAUCCUUGACGGCCAUUUUGUUGGUGUGUCUAGCACCGUGCUGGAACCCACCACUGUACUUCCUGUUGUCACGUCCGGCUGUGCGUCAGCUCCGGGCUCUUCUGCCUUCUUUCCUUCAAGAGCAUUUGGGUAAAAAACCAGCACAGCGCUGGCAGAUCGCUCCUGCUCCUCCCCCCCAACACCUGCCAAUCGCUCAACCUCCAGCAGAGUCACUUACUCACCAAACCCCGACACACAGACUGACUCAGUAAAGAUUCACACAGCUGUGCUCACUCAUACGCUCCCAUGAGAUUACUGUUCAUAUUUACCUUCCCAAGAAACACUGUAAAUAUAUGAUUCACGACAUGGCUCGCAUUACAUGCUAUCAUGGUUGUUUAGAUGCUUCUGUGGUCAUAGUCGCAUCCUUUUUGCUCUUGUAAUGCAUAUAAAGAGGCUCCUGGCAACAGUGUGAGAAGCUCUCAAAUAGAUGGCAGUGUAUCAUAAACAGAAUGUGCUGUGUGCCAUAAAAAACACAAGAUUUAGAUUCCUCAUCCCAGUGCCAGAGCCACAAAGCAACUUACUGUUCUGGCAAUGAGGAGCUUGCAGAGGAGGAGAGCUGGAAAACUGAUAUGAUUAAAAAGAAAAUGUUACAGCCACAUAAAGCAGUUUCUGUUUAUAUCUCUUCGUCAUAUACAAAUUCAGGUCAGUGAACUUAAAGAAAUGUGUUUAAGAGCUCCCACAUGGGACCUCAACUUGCAGUCUUAACAGCCUUUUUCAGGGACUGAAGGACAUCUGGUGAGCCCACACUGACUGACAUAACAUCCAAGCAAAUAUAAAGCAAAAUCUCAGUGGAGUUUCUAAAUAGGUAUUUAAAAAAGCAUCUGAUAAGUAUGACGUAUAGGAUGUGCACAUUAUGAGAAGAGCUGUGCUGUGUUUUUGGAAGCGGCCACAGGACAUCAUCUGGUAGAUUAAGAAAAGAAAAUGCAAUCCCAUCACCCCACUGCUAAGCUGUCUGACAGAGCAAAAACACAGGGGACACAGUGUGCCAUGCCUGGAAAGCUCCCUGUAAAGCUCAGUAGCAGCAUUGUCUAAAUUCAAUGUCAUCUCUAUAACCUUAUGAAAAGACGCCUCCUUGACUUAUGAGAACCUUUAACGGAAGCUGACUUGUUUUUGUUCUGAACUUGAAUGCAGAGAAGUGCUUAUUUAACAGGGAUUUGACACAAAGGAUCACAUCAGAGGAUGAAUGCGUGGAAAAAAUUACAUCUUAACAAGUGGAGCCCAUCUGCAUCCGGAGUGGUUUAAUAUCACAAUGUAAAGGGCAUGUCGAGUACUUGCCAUGGUCAGGGGCUUUGUUUGACAAAUUGGCUGAGGGAGAGUAAUUGGAUUUUUUUUUGUUGUCAGGCCAUUCAGUUUGAGAUAUGUAGAGCAGUGGUGUGACUUCAUUUGGAAGUUGGAAUCAGUUGAGCUGCCCUGAAAUAUUAUAUAAUGGGGGUGUUUUGCAGCCAAGAAAAGAAUAAUGGAGAGGGAUGAAUUAAUAUUUGAAUGUGAAAAGCAACAGGACAACAUUUGGGGGUUUUGUUAAUUUGCCCUUUUGUGGAGCAUUAGCGGAGAAGAGCAUUAUCGCCCCCAUAUUUGUCUGCUACAUUUGAAGCUACACCAGCUAGGUGAGCAUACAGAUUAGAAACGGUAAAACAAAAGGGUCUGCACUGUCUGAAGGUAAUAAAUCCACUUACCAGCACCUCUUAUAAUUAAGAUCUCAUAUCUAUUUGAGUCCAUAUAAAAGCCAGUGUUAUAUUAUUGACAGGUUGUGAUUUUAUGGGCUUACGUGUGACCCUGCUAGCUACUCCUUUUUCCUUUACCUGUUCUGAAUGAUUAGCAGAAAUGAUCUUUUUUAACAACCAGAUACAUCCCAGUGAGGUUUACAAUCUCCUACUGAAGGAAAUCCUGAGCAGGAUGAAGUUUUAGACAGGACAAUACAAUAUUGAACCCACAAAACAAUCAAUAGUAAAAACCUAAACUCCCUCUCCAGUAGUUGAUUGAAUCAUCUUUGUGUUAUCAAAGUUACAUCUGUAGGUUUUUUUCCAGUGGAAAUAAUCCUCUCAUGCCUUGAAAUGGCUUAAAUGUAAUUCUACAUCCUGCCUUUCUCACCACUCACGGCAGUCCAAGCACCAACUCAGUUACAACCCAGCUUAAAGACUGUGUAAAUACUUUACAAAACAUAAUAGCUAGUUGUAAUAUUAUAGUCAUUCAACCAUGCAUUUUCAAACCAGAAUCCAAUUUUGAAGAACAGUAAUAGUUGACAGGAUUGGUCCUUUAGGUUUGUUCCAUCUGAAACCUGGUGGUUAGCACUUUCGUCUUGCAGCAAGAAGAUCCCCGGUUCAAAUCCCGGCCUGGGAUCUUUCUGCAUGGAGUUUGCAUGUUCUCCCUGUGCAUGCGUGGGUUUUCUCCGGGCACUCCGGCUUCCUCCCACAGUCCAAAAAUAUGCUGAGGUGAAUUGAUCACUCUAAAUUGUCCGAAGGUGUGAAUGUGAGUGUGAUUGUUUGUCUAUAUAUGUAGCCCUGUGACAGACUGGUGACCUGUCUAGGGUGUCCCCUGCCUUUGCCCGAGUCAGCUGGGAUAGGCUCUAGCACCCCCCGCGACCCUAGUGAGGAUAAAGCGGUGUAUAGAGAAUGGAUGGAUGGAUGGACGUGUACACUGCAAUUUCAAAGUGGAAACACCAGCAAACUGGCAUUGAUUGAGUAUCUCACUGAUGGUAUACCUUCCAAGAUAGAAAAACACCACAUGGACAUGUUACCAAGGUUUAGAACUUCUUCAUCAGCUCAAAUGUUGUGUCAUGUUUUUUAUAGGCUCCACUUUUUCACUUCAGUUGAGACACUGCCCUAAAACCUUCUACCAACUACACACGAGUGCAAUCAAAUAGAAUUUUCCUCAGUAAUAUUCAUUUAUAACACUUGUCACUGGAUGAGUAAAAAUAAUUCAGUUCCAGGUGUCUCAUUAUCUCAAUCUGCAGGUGGCAGACGUGUGAUGAUGAUAAACACGUAUAAUAUCUCAGCUCCUGCGGGUGUCCUCACCAGUCCGGUCAUAAAUCCUGCCUUGGUUACCUCUUGACCUUCUGACAUCGCCCCGAUUGGAAGGCUGAAUCUUCAAAUAGCAGACCACAGCGUUGCCGUUAGCGGGGACCAGGCAUUUGUUGUCGAUACCGUCUUGGUGGCUAAUGAAAGCACUUAUCUCUGUCAUCUGUCUGCGCUGUGAUCCUCUCAUGCAGCGUGAGGCACUAGCGAGCCCUGAUGCCCUGAUGAGACUUAAUUAAGUCUGCAGAUUAGCGAAAGCUUAAAAUAUAAGUCAGGCUCAGUGGGCCCACAGAGAGGAUCGUUGCCAUUUCCAUUCAGAGCGUUUAUUGAAGCCCAGACGUGUCUGGAGGCCUGAUGUACUCCUAAUAAACACUGUGAGCCCAAACGGUGAGGAAAAUGGGCCCCAAAGUGAAGCUGAUAAGAUUAAUAAUCGGGAUUCGGGAGAUAGUUAUUAGAAGAGAAGGGACUUCUCAUUGUCUGGAAGGGUGUUUAGAAGAGGUACUGAUUCUGUGUGUGACAGUAAGACCGCACACUAAAUACCUAAUGGCCUUAAAAGCAUGUCAGGUCAUUGAGCACUGUUUAAAUCCCACAGGGGGGUGCUGUUAAAUGCAAAGUUGUGGUCACAUAGUUAUUCACAAAUCUGCCUUUAGCCAGGACAUUCACAUAGCAUGACUGAUGCUCUGCAAUACACCUGCAACCAUACGAACUGAAAAUAAUGGAAAGAAGUUUUAGAGCACGUUUAUUAUGAAUUCAUUCAUUUGACACCAACUUUGUUGUUUUGUCAGAAACAAAUUCAAUGCACUUCAAAGGAAAAAAAACAACUAGAGUUUCUUUGUUGCUUUUGUUUUGAAUGGCUUUGAAUAAAGUGAAUUAAUUUUAUGUUUGCGUCAAUGAGAUAAACUAAACCACUGAACUCGUCAUUUGUAAAUUUGGGGAUUUUUACAUGCUUGCUGGUGUGUUGCAGCAUUAUGUUUCCUUUCAUCAUUGCUCUUGUACAUUUAAACACAUUUACACUGUAACUAUCCCUGUGCUAUGAAGCAGAUUUUGGCUUUAUCGAGUUAACUUCAGGUCUGACUUUCACUUCUUACCAGUGCAUAUCACCACGGCAGCUCAUGCUGAAAUCCUAACCUGCUCUGGUUUAACAUUGAAUGUAUCAUCGCCUUCUGACCAAUCAGUUCUCCUAGAAAAAUGUCAUCAGCAUUCCUCAAAGAUUGCAUAGAUGAAGAGCGAUAUAUCCCAAAACUAGAAACUGAUUAAAACACUAAAGCCUUACAUCCUAUAUGUUGACCUCAUAAUAUUUGCAUUGAGCCUACUAAUCAGUUUGAAUGAUGUUUUUAUAAUUGUUUUUUGCUUGUUCCCAACAACUCCAAGGUUACAGCUGAAAGAAUGAAGCUGUCUGACUCGCCAUAAGAGCGAGACUGAAUGUGAGAUCACUGAAUUCAUGCUCCACGUGACCAGGAAAUAUGUUUUAUAUUUAAUACUUGAUUAUUUAAACAUUAAACAAUUGGUCUUUUUUGUGAGUAGCAUAAAAGGACUGCAUUUGUAAUCUUGUGAUGCAUAAUAAUAAGUUAAAUAAUAAAUCCAUGCCUCUGAAGGUUGCAAAGAUAAAAGACUUCCGAUUUGCAUCACCGACUGUUUGAGUUUGAGUUCUUGUAUGUUGAGCACAGAAGUGGCAAUCUGGAGAAAAAAGAUGGAGCAGAAAGUUCUUUUUUUUCUUUUCUGCUUUAUCAUAUACUGGAGGAAAGGGAACUAACCCAACAUUUACUAUUAACAUAUUAUCUUCCCUCGCUAAAGCUCCACUUGCAAAGUCCACCAUAUUCUCAAAAAUCCAACCGAUACGCAGUGAAUCUUGGGAUUGGUUGGGCCGAAAAUGUUAUAAACACAACACUGACAUAAUAUUACACUUUAAGUCAGUAUGGAAAACCUGUUUGCAACUUUAUACAUCUAGCAACUAUAGAGCAAUAUUAUCAUUCUUGUGUUGUGUUUCUGGCCACUUGAUGGAUUUAGGUACAAUAUUGUCUUUCUGCUUUUCCUUCAGUUUGGUCUCCACCAAGGUGUGGCCCCUCAGCGGCUAAAUGUACUGAAGAGGUCCAAAAAAUCUUUCUUUUUUUUAAAGCAGGUACUGUAUAUCCUGGAAAGCCUGACCAGGAUGAAGUUUCAGACAGGACAACAUAAUAUUGAACACGCAAAACAAUCAAUAGUAAAAACCUAAAAUCUCUCUCUAGUAGUUGAUUAAAUCAUCUUUGUGAUAUCAAAGUUACAUCUAUAGAAUUUCUUUCAGUGGAAAUAUUGCUCUCAUGCCUUGAAAUGUUAAAACUCCACAUCUUUGCUUUGCGUCUUUCUUUGUUUCCAUAUUUCUCACCACUCAUUUCAGUCCAAGCACACCAACUCACCUUUAAGACAGCUUCAAGACUGGAAAAAUACUUAACAUAAUAGUACGUUGUAAUAUUAGAAUAAUUGGAUCCUUCUUCUGCAUUUAAAGGUACCUUCAAAGUAUGACCACCUUUGUCACCCCGCUGUAACGCCUUUCACACAGAAUGCUGCUACAGCUCUGAAACUCGGUCUUUUCAGCGCCACAAGAGAAACUAACCUACGUGGCUAAAUGAAGCAUCUUCGUUGUUAAGGUGUUCGCUUCAAUCUGAGAGCUUGUUUCUGCUCGACAAGUUGUGGUGACGUAGUUCUGAAAACUCUACCUCUUUUGGUCUGAGUUUUGUGACUCCCCUCAGGCAGUGUGCUGAAGCCAGCAAUACAAAUCCUGUUUUCAAUUGUGGGUUUUUGAAAUAGCAAGAGAAGGAUUUGCCUGAAGCUGAUACAUGAGUGUUAGUUGAGCUGGAGCGUUUUCUGUCUGAAAAUAUAAAAUUAGGCUCUUUAAAUAGUGUUUUGUCUCCUCUCAGGGAAUACUUGCUUUUAGCUACUUAAUAAUCCACUUCUGUACGUUUAGCUAGAUGCUAACCCUUUUCAAUCUGCCAUGUGAUUAAAAGGCAACUCACUGAACACACACUGUUAGAAAAAAAGUUUUUACGAUUAAAUUCAUGUUUUUCUGUUCAUUAUGGUGAUGUCUUUACAAAUUCCAUAGUAAUUUAUUAUGGAAACAGUUACUUCUUAAUAAAAAAUGACUGGAUAUCACUAAAAUGUCAAGUAAAUAACGUCAGAAUUUCAUAAUAAAAUGGAAAAUGCAAAAUAACAAAUUGCAUCUGUGUCCAAGAAAUCACUUUCAACUAAGUUUCCCAUUACAAAAACACCUCUGAAGUAAAUGUAUUAAUUCCAGAUCACAGUUUUACGACAAUAUUUUUAUAAAUAACUUUACAUUUCAAUUUUACUCAAAUUGUAUAUAUAAUAUUUGAGAAGAAUCUCUCUUAAAAUGCCAUGUGGUGUUUGGUUAUAGGCGGCCAUGUUGAUUUUCAGCCUGAAAACAGCAACAAUGUCAACAAUGACACCUCCCAACUAUGUUCCAAAAAGUUCUGCAAUUAUAUCUUGACCCGAUAGCAAAUAUCCACACUGCAGCUGCCUGAGAGCUGGAAUAAUGCCAGGGAACCAGGCUUCUUGACAUUACUGCCAAGUGUUCGCUGCUACUGGCCUGAAAGUUGGAACUCCAAUCUUCCUCUCACUGGAAGCGAGGAAUGAGUGGAGCACUUUCAUUCAGGCUGGAUUCAUUUUAAAUUCAGGAGAAUAAAUAUGAUUCAGGUCAGCUUCCAAAUGGCAAUGAGACCAGACAUCAACGUCUGCAUGCUUAACACAGGAUGUCACAGAGUAAUAAUGGGGAUUUUUAACAUGCAUGGCAGGAGGCAAAAGACUUACUGAUGAGGACUUUUGAAUGAGAAUGAAAAGGGGAGAUAUGAAGAGUUAGCAUCAGAAGGCAUUAAAGUGAGCCGUGUUUAAUGAGAGCGCAGACAUAACCUUGACUUGGAGGCUGACAUCAUUAUAAACGUUAAGACUUGAUUUAAAAGCAGCUGCAACAACAUGCUUGUUUGUUUUUAUGUAUCUGAGGAGCUUUAGCGACCUUCAGUCUGGAAUCCUUACACAACCCUAUAAAAUGUUUUUUCUUCUAUAUACCGCUUUCAGUGUCCUCUGCGGCUCAUUGCAGUCACUGCGAGCGGUAAACUUGGAUUGACACGUGACCGAAAAAAGGCUCAACUCAGGGACAGAAUGUGACAGUCAGACAUGACGUGUAAUGCUGAUUGUGUUUCUCAUGUUUGACAGAUGUGACAUGAGACUGAGGUAUUGUCAGACCAAGAGGGGGUUUGGAAAUAAAUCGAAGCAAUGAAUUUUCCAGUGAGGUAAAUUUACAGUCACAAUGUGUUCCGUUGGCAUUGGAACUCCCCUCCCUGGAAACUACUCUGCAGGGAAGGAUGGAGGGAGGUUAUUGCUUUUCAAUUCAAGGUUACCUGCUAUUGUUUUUGCUGGGGGGAUUUAGCAUGUGGUCCUGUGAUUGACUGGUGACCUGUCCAGGGUGCUCACCGCCUCUCACCCGGUGUCACCGGGGGAUAAGCUUUAGGUCUUGGACUGUAGGAGGAAGUCAUGUUGGCACAGGAGGAAAAAUACAAUCCACACAGAAUGGCCUCAGUCAAUCAGCAAGUUUAAACCUACACUGUAGAAAAUCUUUAGUUUUCAUAGUAAUUUUUGAAGAGUUUGCCAGUUUUGUUACAUUAUACAUAAUAAAUAAGUAAAUUUUUUUGGGGAAAGAAAUGAUAAAUUGGGUGUUACCCAUUAACCCUGUAAAACUCACAGUUGCAGAAAUACAUCAGUUCAAUUUAAAUAUAUAUAUAUAUAUAUAUAUAUGUUUGUGUGUGUGUAUGUAUAUGUGUAUGUAUGUAUGUAUAUAUAUAUAUAUAUAUAUGUUUUGUAAGGGUAACCCUAACCCUUGUAAAAGUCCCGCAAUUAUAUAUGGAGCCAUACAAUUUUACUAAAUUUAAAUCAGUCAGAAGGUCUUUUUUAGAUCAUUUUAGAGUUUCUACAGAUGUUUAAUCUUUUUUAUUCUACUUAUGUUUUCUGGCACCCCUUCUUUUACAGUGUAGGUUCAUCUGUGAGGCAUCCAUUACAUCAAUACCACCUCUCGGUCCACACAAUAAACUUCCCGUCAUGUGUAAAAUUGAUGCAAUGCUCCUUUAAAUCCUAAAUAAACUCAUCAGCUGAUCUCCUUC